GCGGCCCGAGCCCUCUCAGGUGCGCGCCUCGCCGCCGCGUCGCUGUGUAUUGUGGGAGUGGAGACUCUGACCAGCAGCUGCAGCUCCAGCAGCACUGACGCUUCCGCGGCCGCUUCAGCCUGACUCUGGUAGCAGUCUCUCGUCAUCAUGUCCAGUCGAGGAGGAAAGAAGAAGUCAACGAAGACGUCCCGGUCCACCAAGGCUGGCGUUAUCUUCCCUGUGGGGCGCAUGCUGCGCUACAUCAAGAGGGGCCUGCCCAAAUAUCGUAUUGGAGUGGGAGCACCUGUCUACUUGGCUGCUGUCCUGGAAUACCUUACUGCGGAAAUCCUGGAGUUGGCAGGUAAUGCAGCCAGAGACAAUAAAAAGGGUCGCGUUACACCACGACACAUCCUACUGGCCAUCGCCAAUGAUGAGGAGUUGAACCAGUUGCUGAAAGGUGUGACCAUUGCAGCCGGUGGAGUCCUGCCCAACAUCCAUCCAGAGCUGCUGGCCAAGAAGAGAGGAGCGAAGGGAAAACUGGAGACGCCCGUCUCGCCUGCACCCGAGAAGAAACCCAAGACGGUCAAGAAAAUGCCAGCGAAGAAACCGAGUGGGAAGAAGGGAGGAGGGAAGGCUAAGAAACAGGGCGAGGUGAGCAAGGCAGCGUCUGCAGACAGCACCACAGAGGGAUCUCCAGCUGACAGCUUCACUGUGCUUUCUACAAAGAGCCUUUUCCUGGGCCAGAAGCUCAACCUUAUCCACAGUGAGGUCAGUAACUUGGCUGGCUUUGACGUGGAGGGGGUGAUCAACCCCACCAAUGCUGAACUCGAACUUAAAGACGAUCUAGGCUCUGCUCUGGAAAAGAAGGGUGGUAAGGAUUUCACUGAGGCCGUGACAGAGAUAAAGAAGAAAAACGGCCCUCUGGAGGUGGCUGGUGCCGUUUUGACCGCCGGGUUUGGUCUGCCGGCCAAGUAUGUGAUCCACUGCAACAGUCCGGGCUGGGGCUCUGACAAGUGCGAGGAGUUGUUGGAGAAGACGGUGAAGAACUGCUUGGCUCUGGCAGAUGAGAAGAAGCUCAAGUCCGUGGCGUUCCCCUCCAUCGGAAGUGGAAGGAACAACUUCCCGAAGCAGACUGCUGCCCAGCUCAUCCUUAAGGCCAUCUCCAGCUACUUUGUGGCCACCAUGUCUUCCACCAUCAAAACCGUCUACUUUGUGCUGUUUGACAGCGAGAGCAUCGGGAUCUACGUGCAGGAAAUGGCAAAGCUGGAGACGAGUUAAAGUGUGGAAAACUCGCAUAUUUAUCCCUCUCCCGGUUUGUUUUUGUUUUUUUUUCCCUCCACCCUGCGAGGAGAGGCGUUCACCGGUGAUUUGUUAGAUAUGAAGAGAAGAAGAAAAAGAUGAAGAAUUGUAAAGGCCGGGAACUUGUUUUUGCAUUAUGUAUGUUUCUUUUACAAAAUUAUUCUAAUUUUUUUCCUUCCAUGUCACCUCUGGUGUUUAAUGUAGACGUGCACUGUUCAUUCUGUGGUCUUUUAAUACAAACAGUGCCACACAUUACAGAUUCAGCAGUUAAGAUUUAAUUUCUAAAACAUACGGGGUAAAAAGAUGCUAUGAGACGUAGCUGCACCUCAGUUAUGAGACUUCCAGAGAAGUCCGAUCAAUACGGGUUAACGCAUGUAAAGACGGUAAAGAUAUUCAGAACAGCCAUUCUUUCUAGUCAUGAGACAUUGAACUGUGUGUUGUAUUUUCUGGUAUCGGUUCUGCGGCUCAGAACAUCUGUUGUUGUACUGUAUAAUGAAAAGUUAAAAGUGUGAAGAGAAGUUCAGUUUGAUCUACGUUUGGUCUUCAGGAGACUCGAAUAACAGAAUAAUAGUAUUUUUGUGUUGUGUGUUGCAAAUUUCCUUUUUGCCUUUUUGUUUAAGGAGGCAAAAUAUAUCCUCGGUGUCCUGUAAAGACCUCACAACCCCACAAUUUCAAGAAAAAUGUAUACAUAUAAAAGAAAUGCAGCGUAAACGCUACCUCCCGUUGGUGGUUUGUUUUAGAGGCGUACGUUAAUCCGGCCAGACCGUUCGGAGGUUGGAGGUUUCUGCAGGGCUCUCGUGGCUUCUGUUGUGUGUUCCUAUAAGUGUUGAUAUAGAUGGAGUAUUUGUGAAACGUUAUGGCUAAAAUAUUGAACUCUAACAUAGAUUUUUAUGUUCCGUUUUAAUUUUGACACUAAUUUUGAGUGGCACAGGAUUUGGAAGAAAAACAAAUGUAACAGAUUGUUGUUUUGUGAGUGUUUUUUGUCUUUAUUAAGCCAUAAAAACAGAUGUACUUGUCAUUGCUGGAAAAAGAGGCUCUCCGCUGGUGCGUUCAGUUCCCCCUCUCCCAUUCAGCCGCCACCAGGUGGCUCCAUGUGAUCAAGUAUCGGGAUUAUCAUGCCAACCUUUUUUUUUUUUUUCUUUUUAAAAUUUUUGCACAGCAUCAGACCUCCUCACACAGACGCUGGCCGAUUUGAGUUGAAUUUGAAUUGGGAAAGGUGGACAUGUAUAUUGAGGACUGCUCUGCUGCAUUGUGGACUUUUCAAAAGCCUAACUUUCUUAUGAGAAAAAAAAUAUGUAAAUUGCUUUCUAAAGAAAAAAGAAAAAUUGCUACAAUUGAUGAUUCUACAACAAGGUCUGUACACACUCCGGUAAUAAAAUACCUUUAAAAAAAACCAACA